AUGGACGAGGUCUUUGGUAACGCAUUCUUGACGAUAGCAGCGACAUCGACUACGGACAGUAGUACACAGCCAUUGUUUCCUCCGAAGUCACAAGCGUUUAAGAUACAAGCGACAGACAACAAGGGGCAACUCUCCAAGGUAUAUGUACGAGAACAGCCGAGCCACUACAGCUUCAAGGGCCCAUUCGAUGAAGGUUCUCAUAUGAACGAAUGGGAGCUUCCGUUCAAUAUGUCCGAGGGCGCGAACCUGCACACACCACUGCUCAAACGCGCGUGGGCCUACACCGAACGACUAUUGUCACCACGCGUACUGCACUUCACGAAAUCUGAGAUGAUUCUGGAAUGCCGAGAAGGCUACAACUGCGAGUGCGGCCGGAUCGACGAUAAGCUCUUCGACUCCCGCGCAACCGACUCAAUCAAGCAAGAGUUCAGCCGCAUCAUAUACGAAGCAAGCACUCGUCCACCAGCAAAUGCUAACAGCAACCAAGCUGAUCGUAGAACGGACAGCAUGACAUCCCAGAUCGCUGGCACUAACACUGCGAGCGGCUCCAUCGACCUCUUGCAGAAACGAGAAGACGCCCUGCAACUCUGGAGCUACAUCAUCACCGAAUUCACCGCGCGAAACAUGACCUACGACGAGCGCUUGACAGCUAUCGCCAGCAUCGCAAAAGCCCUCUCCCCCGCAAUGCAGUCCGGCUACAUAGCUGGCCAAUGGACCUUCAGCACCCUAAGCCUCCUCUGGUAUCCCACCGACAGCGCCAAGUGCCGACGCCCAAUCCCCAUGGACGGACAAGACAUACCAACGUGGUCGUGGGCGUCGUGCGAAGGCUCGCCUAUCUUUUGCGACAACGCGACGGCGAUGGAUCUCGCUUGUCGCGCGUCGUUUGGGUCCAAGGGGAAGCGCGCGAGUGCCUGGUCGCCGAUUCAGGGGGAGCCGCUGAGUCUGUCGGCGGCGAUGGUUGCGGAGGUUACUUUGCGUGUGGUUUCUGAGGCACAGCAAGAAACAUACACGCUGGUGAGGAAUCGCAUCGCGGUGGAUUUCACGCCGGAUAUCGUGCCUCCGCGAGGCGAAGAUAGGCUGGAGGAUGGCGAACGGCUUGUUUGUGUGUUGAUUAGCAUGACGUAUCGCUCCUCUAUUAUCGGUCUCGUGCUCAAAUCGGUGGAAGGUAAUACGUACCGCCGAGUGGGUCGAUUCGAGUGCUAUGACUGUAGUCCAGAGGAUCGUGGGGAUGAGAUGAGCGAGGAUGCGGAGGCGCUGUUUGGACAUUGGUUUCCGGAGAUUCAGGAUAUGACUCAGUUGGAUAAUUCACCGCAGCGGCAUUUUACUGUUGUGUGA